AUGAUUGUGUUGGCACUAUCUCCCGGGUACACUGCAUCCAGUGGUUUUUCUUUAUACCCGGCUGCACAGCACAUAACCAUAACACCCAAACCACUGCAACACCACCCCACCCCACCACUCAAGCAGCACAACAACAAUGUCCACCAACAUCCACACCCCAUCUCCAACAGAAAUAUACCACUCCCCCGCCCUCAACCUAAGCAUAACCCUCUCCACCCACCCCACAACCUCAGGCCACGCCCUCGCAACCCUCACCAACACCAACACCAAGACCCCCUCUUCACCCUCCCCAAACCCACCUUCAUCACCACCCUCCUCACCAUCCGGCACAUCUCCCAGCACCUCCAGAGAAUCUACUCCGUCCAACGCAUCGCCCUCAUAACCACAGGCCUCACCACCCUCUCCAUCCUGCCUCUCCACGGCCUCUCCCCCACAUGGCACCCGAUCACCAACCCCUCGACCGUCUUCCACGGAGCCACAUACCCAGGCUACCUAACCUCCAAAGACGCGCCGCUCAUGUCCACCUCCCAACUCGACCAAAUAGCCCAGACAAUCACCACUGCCACCACCACCUCCCUUCCCACGCAGCAACCAGAUUACACCUCCCACACCCCCACAUCCACCAACCUCUUCUCUCGGAUCAUCCGCGGCGAGACCCAACACUGGCGGAUAUGGGAAGACGCUGACCACGUAGCGUUCCUGACUCCGUUCCCGAACACGGUGGGGUUCACGGUGCUGGUGCCGCGGGCGCAUCUGUCAAGUGAUAUCCUGGGGGGGUUGGAUGAGGGGGCGUUUACCAUGUUGAUGGGCGCGGCGUAUGAGGUGGUCGGGGUGUUGAGGAGGGCGUUUGGCGUCGAGAGGUGUGGGAUGGUGUUUGAGGGGUUUGAGAUUGAUUAUGCGCAUGUGAAGAUUAUUCCCGUUCAUGGGGGUGCGGGGGAUGUUGAUGUUGAUGAGGGUGAGGGUGGGGAUGGGGAUGGGGAGAGGGAGAGGUUUUGGGAGGUUUAUCCGGGCUAUCUGAGUUCGUUGCCUGGGCCGGUGGUGGAGGAUUAUGACGGGUUGGUGAGGAGGGCGGGGGAGGUGAGGAGGGAGGUCAUGAAGGAGAUGGGGGAAUGA